AACACAAUCGACUAAUCAACCGACUGAUCGAUUAACCCCUUCUACAGUCCUCUUUCGUUCAGUUUCUCGAGUACAUUAAUUUCCUUCUGCAUGGAUAACAUCAGUUCUCGUACGAUGGACUUCGUCAACAAUCCCAACAUCAUCUUGAUUCUGCGCUUCCCGACACGAAGGAGGCUGCCGGAAGAAAAGAGCGAGAGAGAGAGUGUGUGUGAUCUGUGUCAUCAUCUCUUCUCUGUCUGCCUCAUGGAGAGAUCGUCGACACCGUCGUACGUCACACCAUACGUGACCUACGUCAAUGACAUAACCUCUGUGCCAAGCAGUAAUGUAACUAUAAUAUCAUCAUAUCUGCUUGAUAUUAUCGCUUGUUUCAGUGGGUAUUCGGAUGGAAUAAACCAUUCAUUCCUGUCUGAUGACUCCGAUGAGGAAUUUUGCGCGAACUUGCAGCAACGACACGUCUCCGUUCCAAAUACAGACAGGCUAGAUAAACAUGAAAUAAGUUUCGCGACUAAACAAGCUUGCGGAAUAACAGACAGUUCCAGCAAACAGAAUUUGUCCAUCGCGUCCAUGAUACAGAAGAGGACCAUUGGACCUGCCUUCAGCACAGCUGAGAAAUGUUGGAUAAGCAAUAGCUUCCUACCUAAUAAGUUUGAUUUAAUAACCAAGUACAAUAGUAGGAUAUACUGCGGUUCAUACUCCAAAGAUGGAAAUUUCUUCCUUACUGCUACCCAAGAUAGUUGGCUGCGAGUGUACAAUACGCACAAUGGUAAGUUUACCCAGCUCAAGAGUAUACCCGCGCGAGACGUCGGCUGGAGUAUUUUGGAUACUGCAUUCAGUCCGGAUGGUAGUACGAUCGUGUAUUCGAGCUGGUCUGAAUGUUUAUAUCAAUGCUCCGUGUCCGAAAAUUCGACCACGCAAGAGUCGUUACUGUUGGGCCCUGGUGUACGACGGUUUUGCGUGUUCUCCUUGGUGUUUUCCAACGACGGCCGUGAGAUCCUGGGAGGCGCGAACGAUGGCAAACUCUACGUGUACGACCGCGAGUGUCGUCAACGAGUACUUCGGGUCGCAGGACAUUACGAUGAUGUAAAUGCGGUUGCAUUUGCCGACAAUACUUCACAGAUCUUCUAUAGCGCGGGUGACGACGGAUUGUGCAAGGUAUGGGAUAAGAGAACGUUAACCGAAACUGAUCCGCGUCCGGUUGGAGUGUUGGCAGGUCAUAUGGACGGAAUCACGUAUAUCGAUUCUCGCGGCGACAGUCGGUAUUUAAUAACCAAUUGUAAAGACCAAACCAUCAAGUUGUGGGACGUGCGCGUGUUUUCCGGCGAGAUUGGUAAAAUGAACACUCGCAAGGCUGUCUCGAGCCAAAAUUGGGACUACAGAUGGCAACCUGUGCCCAAACGAUUGCGUAAACCGAGAGACCUGCUAGAAGGCGACACCAGUGUCAUGACGUAUCGUGGCCAUUCUGUCCUACAGACUCUGAUCCGUUGUCAUUUCUCGCCAGCGGACACCACUGGCCAAAGAUACAUUUACACGGGAUGUUCGACGGGUCGGGUCAUCGUAUAUGAUGUUUUGACGGGGAAGAUAGUACGCAAAUUAUUCGGCCAUGCAAUGUGUGUUCGUGACGUUAGCUGGCACCCUUUCUAUCCUCACAUCGUUUCCACAUCUUGGGACAGUACGAUCGCCCGAUGGCGAUACGUGAGCGACGCCAAAUACAUUAGUUAUUCGGACAUGGAAGAUACUGAGAACGAGAUUGAAAUACAACCGCAAAAGUUGCGACGGAGUGAGAGGAUAGCUGCGCAACAAGCAAGAAACGCGACUUUUAACUCGACCUCGUAAUGCCCGUUCUUACUUUUCCAAUUGUUUUAUAUAGCUUCCGCGGAAUUGGACAACUGUUCUCUCUCGGCCAGAGGGAAUGAACGCGCAACGAUCAUCAUCGUCGUGAUAACUUUGACUCCGCGAGCGCGAGAAUACACGUUGUAGACACAAGACUGAGCGAACAUUUUCUCCGUUGCGCGCUUAUUUGCUACUGACGCAUCUCAGAAGGGUCUCUCGUCGCAACCCUAUUCAAUUUUCAUCACGAUGCAGAAACGAUUCGUUCAGAGUGCGACGUUCAGAGCUGUCUCUUCUCCAAGCUACGCCGUCUGUAAAUGUUUUAUACCGCGAAGAGAUGACACGCCCUGCUAUCGUCGCCCUGCUUUCGUUUUUUGCGAGAGGAAAGGCGUUUGACCUUUUGCAACGAUGAGUGCGCGAAAUGGCGCUCAUAUAUCUAACGAAAUGACAAUGUAUAAUCUUUUAACGUUUUACGUAGAUAUCGGUUGAUGCAACAUUUACGGUCGGUUGUUAAGAUUUUUCAGUUAAGAUUUUCACUACAUAGGGGUUACAUAUCUGUGGUGAUUCCUUGAUACUUGUCUUGCGUGAGACGCUUGGAUCAACAGCAACAAUUUGGAUCCGAGUGUCACAGACCUGAGAGAGAAACAAGUUUUAAGUAACGAUUAUAAAUAUGGGGCUCAAACUGUUCUAGGUUCGGAUAGAGCAUUCGAAUGAAUCGAGCAGAUUUUGUGACUUUCGAAAGAGUAUCUUGUCCGAAGGUAAAAUGGAUCGCCCGUUUUUUACUGUGAUGACUUUUCUAUCCAACGUAUGCAUAAUUAUCUGCGUCGGGUGCGGCUGUCACUUCGUUUUUCCUGUACUCUAUAUAAAAUCUACCUUAGAGAUUCUGCAAUUUACACACACGGCGGAAUGUGAAAGUGAGGAAAAAAAAGGAAGAGUUCCACGUUGUAAUUCCACAUGAUGUGGAAUUUUGUCGCUAAUUAUAAAUUUUCAAGGAUCGUUUUACGAAGCUGUGAUAUACAUACAAAGUUGUAGAACUAAAUUUGUGUAUAUUUUUAUGGCAAUUCUGCACACACACACACGAACCACGCUAGAUAGUAAUCGCAAUAUAUUUCUACGUGGGCAUUGUGAUAUUAUUGUAAAAGAGUGAAGACAAAUCGGGCUAGUUUAUAUUAAGCAAGCCAAAUUUUCGACCAAAAACGAUAACUACGUAAUUGUGCGUUGUCUUUAACGCAACCUCGAGACAUGCGUUUCGCUAUCAUAUAAGCAGAUUUUACAAUUAUUAUAUGUAUAUACGGUGA